AUGGUUCGGGGGUGUCCGCGCAUGGGACCUCACCUCACCUUGGGUCGAAAAGUCACGAUAGUUUUCGGGCUGUGUUUGCUGGUCUGCCUAGCUAUCAACAUUGGAUCGUUAAGACAGUAUUUACAACAGCGUGAUGGAACACCUGUACAGGCUGAUUGGAACGGGCGACUGACAACAACAGCUGAGGCCUCCAGCGUGAUACAAGCGAGGAACUCAGAACGGGUUACACGUGUGCGAAACAUGUGCGAUGCGCUAGGCCGCCCAACAAGCACACAGGACACCCGAGGUCGUUUCCUUGUCGCCCGUUCGCGCAAAUUCGCAAUUUGUUUCGUGCCCAAAGUGGGCUGCACCUUUUGGAAAAGACUGUUUCUAGCUUUACAAAAAAACAAGACAAAUAUAUUUGAGUUUACCAAGAAUCAAGCUCAUAAGGAAAAUGUGGUCGAUUCCGUUUUGAAGAUUCCAAGAUUUGAUGCCGCCUAUAAAUUCUUGUCUGAAGCCACUCGCGUGAUGUUUGCCCGAGAUCCAUAUUCCAGGCUAUAUUCUGCUUAUGUGGAUAAAUUUUAUCUCGGCGACUUUUGGUAUUCGAAUGGACGCAAAAUAAUGGGAUUAGUGCGAAGAAACGCGACAAGGCAUUCUCGACUAUGUGGCCAUGACUUAACUUUUGAAGAAUUCUUAAGGUAUGCCCUUAAGGUAUCCAGUAGUCCAGUGGUUAAAGGUGGAGAUGAACACUGGUAUCCCAUCAGCAAACUCUGUCACCCGUGUACAUUUGAUUACCACAUCAUCGGUAAGCAGGAAACCUUCUCCGAUGACAGGGACUACGUGAUGGACACAGUUGGCAUCAGCGGAUUGGUGAACCUAACAACAACGAAGGAAAUGGUAGCACGCGAUGGCAUGAACCAGACAAUUGACAUGUCCUGGAGUAAAGUUGCUAAGUGCAUGUCCCGUAAAGACUUUUGUCGGAGAAUGUGGACAUCAUACAUAAACCAAGGCUACAUCCAUACUUCUCAGGGCUUUCCUGAACAGCGCAUCAAUGAAAACACGACUCGUGAAGGAUUUUUAAAGAUGGCCAUGGAGGCUUACCACCAAAAUCCACCUACCGCAGAACAACGAAAAGAGCAACGACAACAGGCAAUGAUAAAUGCAUAUAAAACUGUUUCACCCAAAAUAAUGAAACAAAUCCAGCUUGUUUACGAUCUGGACUUUCAAUUGUUUAAUUAUCAUAUCAGACCCGUUAUGUUGUUCCCUCGUUGACUGGCGGAUAGUACGCUUGUACUGUUCUCAGUACUAGCACUGCUACAUGGAGCGCAAUUGGUUCAAUGCUAAAAUCGACUUUCAUCAGUUUGCUGAUAGUCUGUUAGCACGGUAUACCACAGUCUAGUUUUUGAAAAUUCUCACAUGUAGGAAGAUGAAACCAGAAGAACUAGAACGCUAUAAAAACUGACCGGUUUUACAGAGCUUUCUUCACUUCUCUUUCUUCGCUUUUCGAAGGAAAUUGAUUAAGAAGGUGGAGGUUUAUUGAAGUUCAUCGUUUCAUUUUAAACAAUCUUGUGUCACAUUUAAACAACUCUAUCUUGUGUUGAAUUAAUACAAGGCCUUAUGCUGAAGAAUUGACGGCGGCCAGCAAUUUUGGUGGGAGGAAACCGGGAUGUUGUACUAAUUUAAUUUAAUUUAAUCCGUUUUUAUUUAUAGAGGGUUGCCCAGAGCCCUUGGGGUGUUUUCCCCAACAACAUAAUUUCCAUUAAAUUAUAACAUUUAGAAAAUAAUAUAUACUAGUUUACAAUGAUGUGCAAACACAUAUGUGUCCAAAGUAUCUGUUUGUAAAAUAAGUAAAAAUAAAGUACUAAAUGGACGCUUUAAGCCUUACGGAUAUUCAAAAUGGUAAUUGUGAUAGAUUGUGAUUGAAUGGUUAAACCUUAUAGGUUGGGAUAAAUAAAGAGUAUUGUCUAUAUAGGUACAUGUGCCUGUCCAUACAGGAAUACUAGCAUAUUAUGUAAAAUGUAAUACCAACUGCGAACAUUGUUUUUAAGAAUGGCUGAAUUUGAUGGUGGCCGAGAGGUAAUUGUGCACUGUUUGAAAUAAUUUCAUAUUAUCUGAUAACUCCAUAUUAUCUUCAUAUUCAAAACAUGAAGCUUUAUAUUUGUAUUUCGAGGUGUGUGAAUCAGGAAAAAGUUUGAUGACCUGCUGGACACAUGGUUUCUGUUAUGUCUACAAGCAUGUGCUUCAUAGGAGCG